AUGUUGGAGGAUAACCCGUGUGCUGGCCCGGAACUCGACACAUCUGGCCUGAAGUGGGUGCAGAAUGGAAUUUGGGGUCUGGAGCCUCGAUGGGCGGUCGAACCGGAUGCCGAGGCCGUUCGACAGACGACCGCGUCCUCCCUGGACUUGGGAGCUGUCGGCUCUACCAUCGAAUUUCUAGCCCAGGGCGGAUUCAACAAGGUGUACGUCGUCUCAUUUCCGGAAACGCAACAGGAAGUCAUCGCCCGUGUGGCACUUCCGGUGCACCCCAGGUGGAAAACCCUCAGCGAGGUCGCCACGUUGAGAUGGGCGCGCGACAACACGAGUCUGCCGGUGCCGGAAGUGCUCUCGUACCAGGCGGACAGGGCCAGCGCCGUCGGGUUUGAAUGGAUCGUCAUGUCCCAGAUGGCUGGUAAUUCACUACGGGAUCGAUGGAGAGACGUCUCGUUUCCCGCCAAGGAGGCGAUUGUUCGGCAGUUGGCCGCGUUCUGCGCGGAGACCUUCAACCACCAAUUUCGGGGAAUUGGCAACCUCUACUCAGAGGAUAUAGGUCCCGUCCCUGCCAGCAGCACGAGCAUGAGCAGCAUCUCAGUCAAAGAUCAAGGCCCCUUCUGCGUCCGGCGCAUUGUUUCCGGAGAAUUUAUGUACAGUACACGCAUUCAUGCCCAGGUCCCCCGUGGUCCUUUCCGAUCGAGCAGGGAGUGGCUUCUGGCUCGGCUCUCCAUGGCCGAGUUAUCUUGCCGCGAGCAGCUGAGCCGCAUCACAAAAACAACUCCAGAGACAAAAGGGCCAGGCAAUGACGGCGAUGAUAACAACGAUGGCCAGCCGGGCGAAAGGAAGGGUGUAAGCAAUCCCACCGAGGGUGACGGGAGCAACAAGGAAGAUGAAAACGAGAACGAGAAUGAGGACGACGAUGGGAAGGAGGAUGAGAACGAAAGCGUGGACGAAGACGACCUCGAAGAUCUUCAAAACACCUUGGAUAUUAUCACACGCCUCCGGCUACAGCUAGACAACUUCUUCCCUCCACCCGAUCUCAGCGCCGAAACGGAACUCGAGCGGACCAUGAUUCAUCAUGACGAUCUCACGGGGGGGAAUAUUCUCGUCGAUGACGUCGGCAAUCUGACAGCCGUCCUCGACUGGGAAGGCAUUUCGGUUGUACCGCUUUGGUCCGCCUGCGAUUUCCCUCCUCUCUUAGAGGGGAAGCACCGCGACAUCGAGCCAGUCAUGGCUAAGUAUCAACAUGAUGAGGAGGGAAAGGCGAAUGAGCUCUUCUGGGAGCACCUUCAGGACUACGAGCUGACCCAGCUCCGGCGCGCCUUCCUCGCCGAAAUGAAGACGCUACAGCCAGAGUGGGUGGCCAUCUUCGAGUCAAGCAAGCGACAGAUGGAUUUCAGUUUCGCCCUCGCUUGCUCCGACGACGGAUUCACGACCGGGCGCAUACAGGAAUGGCUUGACGAUCUCGAAAAGGGAGAGCCCGGAUUCGAGGGUUUACUAGAGCGAAUCGAGAAUACGCAGCGACGGAUGGAUGGAUAUGAUUAG